GCGCCUGCGCGGGUUUCUCUGUCGGUACCAUGGCGGCGGCGGGCGGCGACGCCCAAGGCAACUUCGUGCUGGGCCUUGACCUGGGCACCUCGUCCGUGAAGGCGGUGCUGCUGGAGGCCGGGCCCCACCGCGGGCUCCUGGUGCCCACGGCCAGCGCCAGCCAGGCCACUCGGGCAGACGUGUCCCCGAGCGGGAAGGCGGGGCCGCAGGCCCGGGAACAGGACGUGCACAGAAUCCUGCAGGCUCUAAGCGAAUGUCUCGGGGCUCUCCCCGCUCGGCAGCUGCAGAGGGUCCGCCUCAUCGGCGUGUCAGGGCAGAUGCAUGGGGUCAUGUUUUGGAAAAGCCAGCAAGCUUGCACCUGGACGGAGAAAGGCCCCCAUGGCAUCUUUGAGCCGCUGCAGGUCAGCCACCUCAUCACCUGGCAAGAUGGCCGCUGCACCGGAAGCUUCCUGGCAUCCCUCCCGCGGCCCAAGUCCCAUCUGAGUGUGGCCACGGGAUUCGGCUCUGCUACCAUCUACUGGCUUCUGCACAACAGCCCAGAGUUCCUGCAGCCAUAUGGUGCGGCGGGCACCAUCCAGGACUACGUGGUGGCCAUGCUGUGUGGCCUGCAGAGACCCAUCAUGUCCGACCACAACGCUGCCAGCUGGGGUUACUUCAACACCGAGAGCCGAAGCUGGAAUUCCCACCUUUUGGAGGAAUCGGGCUUUCCGACCCACCUGCUCCCGGACGUGGCUGAGGCCGGCACUGUAGCAGGGAGGACGUGCCACACAUGGUUUGGCAUCCCCCAGGGGACCAAAGUUGGCGUGGCCCUGGGGGACCUCCAGUGUUCUGUCUACUCCUGUAUGUCGCAAAGUACAGAUGCAGUUCUCAACAUCAGCACCUCCGUCCAGCUGGCAGCGUCCAUGCCUCCGGGAUUCAAGCCUGCAGAGUACCCGGAUCCUUUGGCCCCUGUGGCUUACUUUCCCUACUUCAGCCGGACCUACCUGGGAGUGGCCGCGUCCCUCAAUGGUGGCAAUGUGCUGGCCACCUUUGUCAGCAUGCUGGCUCGGUGGAUGGCCGAUCUAGGACUGGAAGUCGUGGAGGGCCUGAUCUACUCCCAGAUGAUCCGAGCAGCCCUGGCCCAGACAGACACCCAGCUCACCAUCAGCCCAACGCUGCUGGGGGAGAGACACCUUCCACAAGAACUGGCGUCUGUGCGCAGCAUCUCUCCCUGUGCCCUGUCUCUCGGCCAUGUGACCAGAGCUUUGUGCCGCGGUAUUGUGCAGAACAUCCACGCCAUGCUCCCAUCUCAGCAGCUGAAAGAAUGGGGGAUAGAACGGGUGAUUGGCAGUGGCAGCGCUCUGGCCAGGAACGAGGUGCUGAGGCAGGAAGUGGAGAAGGCCUUCCCCCUCCCUGUCUCCUAUGGCCAGGAUGUGGAUGCUGCGGCUGGUGCCGCCUUGGCGAUGUUGCAGGCCGUCACCAGAGAGGACAACUGAAAGGUGCUGGAGGCCUUGCUUUUCCAAUCAUUCCUGAUGCCAUCCUGAUUGUUUCACUUGAUUUCAUGCUCUGUCCGUCCAUCCAGAGGAGGGGACCUGUUACUGCCCUGUUGUCUGAUCCUUCUGCCUCAGGAGUGCCCUUUUAAUCAGGCUAAAAGGAGGUGAAUGCCAUCCUGAGAAGCUAAGGGAAAAGUGUGUUGGCACCAAGAAUUAGGACCUGGCUUCUUUCAUGACCUCAGGCUUCAACGGCCACCGUGGAAAAGUCUGGAAGAGAGUUGACCCGUCUCUCCCAUCAGCAGGGGGCCCAUAUAUACUGAAUGACUUUCCAGAAAUACAGCUGGGUUUGAGCCAGUGGGUGCUGGGAGGGUGGCUGGCCACGGCAGGACAGUUGUUCCUGGGUUCUUUGUGUUAUUAGAUUUGAAAGGUGGGGGAAGUCACCAGUCAUCGUUGAGCCCCAGGCCCCAUUUAUUGGGGUCUGUAGAGUCCAGGGAUGACCCUUAGCCCUUUGGUGGGAUGGCACCUCUCACUCUCAUUUUGCACAGUGAUUUGGUGAUAAAAUCAACCGUAAAGAUUUGGAUCCGCAGACAUUUUUAAUUAAUAGGGGAACCACUGGAAAGGCUUCCUAAAACGCUACUCAAAUCCUGCCUGAGGUUGGUGUUCAGUGUCAGACACCCAGUGCCACAAGACACACCAGUCAGCUUGAGGUGGCCAGAGUGCCCUGAGGCUGGGAGUCAGCCCAUGAGGAGCCGCUGAUGCCAGUGGGGCUGUUUGACCUGAGGAAGAGGGGGGAUGUGAUCACUGUCUGCAAAUGCUUGGAGGACUAGCACAUGGAGAAGGAGUUGGGCUGGCCUUGCCUUGUGACGGAGUGGAUGGGAGGCAGCUGUGGGCUCAGUUUGGGGAGAACUUGCUCACCCUUCCAGAGGUGGAGCUGGCGGGCCACCCUCCCAAGGUCCUCUCUGACUUGCUGCUAAUUGACUUUAAUGGGUGGGACCAAUGCUUGCAAUGUCAGACUCACGAGAUUUUGUGUGAAUGUGAUCAUCCUGUUACUUGUCCAUCCUCAAUGCAGGGCCUGGUAUAUAGCAAAUGCUUAUUGAUUGUUUUAUGAACUAGUUUUUAUAAAAUGAAUUUGAUUCCCGUGGAAUGAUUUUCCUAAUGUUUUGUAUUGAUUAAAUGGGCAAGGCUCUAGACAGUCA